AUGCCCGCUCCCACAGGGACGAAACGCGUGCGCGGUGUGCAAAUCUACCGUCCCUUCGUCUACGGCACCGAGGCGAUCCCCUUCGACCCCGAGAACCGUCCCAAAGAUGCGCCGCCCGAUCAUACACAUAAAUGGAAGGUCUUCGUGCGCGGGGUGAACAACGAGGAUAUUUCAUAUUGGCUGAAGAAGGUGCAAUUCAAACUGCACGAUACGUACGCUAACAGCGUGCGGAUGAUCGAGAGUCCACCGUUUGAAGUCGAAGAGACCGGUUGGGGUGAAUUCGAGAUUGCCAUCAAGUUCUACUUCGUCCCCGAAAGCAACGAGAAACCACAACAGAUCUGGCACGGUCUCAAGCUGCAUCCGUACCAUGGCGACAUCGAACAGCAGAAGCGGGACCGGAGCAUGGUUUCCAGCGUAUGCUACGAAGAAGUCUUGUUCAACGAACCUGUCGAGGCCUUCUACGACAUCUUGACAGGCGGCCCGCAGGUUGGGAAAUCAAAAUCAGGGAAAGGCGGCAAGAGUGCGGUCAAGGCCCUACCGACAGCGGAAAUACCAUUGAAAAGUAACCCCGGCAACAAGUUCAGCAAGGAGGAAGAGAGCAAGGAGCUCGACCGGCUGACCGAAGCGGCCAAGACUGUUCAGAGAUUGAUUGUGGAGGAAAAGGCCAAGCUUGUCAAAGAGGAAGCGAGGCUACAAGAGCUGGAAAAGACCGAGGGAAAGCCUGUCAAGAAGAAGUGA